UAGGUGGGCUAUUUGGGUGGUGGAAGUCCUCAAAACACUGCCCUAAUAACACAACUCCGUCUUCAAACUCUCAAUCUCUGUCUGCAACUACCUAGGGUUUUCUCCAACAUAUUAUCGCCAUCGUAAUUUCGAACAAGAUGCAAACUGCUGCUGUGAUUUUGAGUCAAUCAUCUUAUUCCUACGUCACCAGACCUCAACAAACCCUUGAUUCUCCGUCUUCUACUUCAUAUUCCUCCAUCAAUUCCUUCCCUAAGAUUUCUUCUUUCGUGGGUACUCGAAUCAUUCUACCCAAGGGUCCUUCAUGUUCAUCUAAAUUUCGUUUUCAGCAGGUGACACGCCGGAAAGUUGUGGAGGCUGUUGCGACUCCAGAGUCGGCUGUAGAGCUGCCUCUUACUGCAGAAAACAUUGAGCUGGUACUGGAUGAAGUUAGACCUUAUCUGAUUGCGGAUGGUGGCAAUGUGGCGUUACAUGAGAUUGACGGAAAUGUGGUGCGGUUAAAGCUACAGGGAGCUUGUGGUUCGUGUCCAAGUUCUGUAACCACCAUGAAACUGGGGAUUGAAAGGCGGUUGAUGGAAAAGAUUCCCGAAAUUGUUGCUGUUGAACCGGUACCAGAUGAAGAAACUGGUCUUGAGCUGAAUGAAGAAAACGUUGAGAAGGUUCUUGAAGAAAUAAGGCCAUAUCUUGUUGGGGCAGCAGGUGGAACGCUAGAAUUCGUGUCCAUAGAAGAGCCAAUUGUAAAAGUACGCUUAACGGGUCCUGCAGCAAGUGUGAUGACUGUAAGAGUGGCUGUCACUCAGAAAUUACGUGAAAAGAUCCCUGCCAUUGCAGCAGUUCAACUUUUACAAUAGACGUCCCCAUUCCGCACUUGCAUUCCUAUAUUUGAAACCAUAAGAUAAACUUAUGGUACAGCAUAUAACAAUGAAAGAAUGAGACACGGUCAUGCAGUAAACCUUGUACAGUUUCAUUUCUCUCCAGGUUUGUCACUAUGAUUAAUAUGUUUGUGGAAACAAGUAUAAUAAUGGCUGCUUUCUAAAUACAGUUUGUAUCUUUUGUUUGUGGUUCUUGAUGGUAUUUGCAAUUCAUAUAAAUUUAUAGUUA